AUGCCUCAAUUUUACGCACGCUAUGUCCCUCCAGUGGAUAAGGCGCCGGAAAGGUCUACAAGUUUUCCCUCGCCGAUUGAGCAGGGCCCAGUACCUCAGUUCUACGCGCGCUAUGUACCCCCAUUGACCAAAGUACAGCCCACUUCUACACACUCUGCCUCACCAACAGAAAAGCGAAAGCGAGACGAAACUUCGGCAUCGCAAUCGAAAAAAACCAAGAGACUGAAGACGACGACCGAUCAAAUUCAAGACCAUGCACCGAGCUCGUCCACUAAAUCCCAGGCCGAUAUACCAACUCGCAAUCGAAUAGACGGUGACGAAGCCAACAUCCUCGAUAAGUAUCGAGUCACCGCGGUAAAAGGUUCUACAGAUUCAGAUCCGGGACUUGCAUUUAAAAACGACUCGAGUCGCAGGUCACAGGCUAAAAUCAGCAACGAUGGAAAAUCCGAAGUUGUCAGGGAGUCAAAGAAGCGAAGGAAGAAGGAUCUUCCAACCGCAGAUGAGGAGAGGGCUCCUUUAGAAGAAUCCACGAAUAAACAUGCUUCUAUUCUUUCAAGAUUCGAGCAAGUACGUCAACAAGAGCGGGUUACAACAGACAAUGAGGAGAACCCGGCAAGAGAUCUACCUCCACCCGAGCUUCAUGGACUGGAGCCGAUUCCUCAGCCAGAACAAGUCGAACAAACUCCGGUAAAACUAACAUAUUCGACAUUGCCAUUAUGGCAAGAAGCCCCGUUGGAAGUGCCGCUUAAUGUGCAAUGCAGUUUCGAGUCCCUUGGAGUUCCUGAUUCAAUACUGGAAAAUUUACACAAACACGGCCUGAAGGACGCUUUCCCAGUGCAAUCGACGAUUUUGCCCUUGCUCAUGGAUCGGGAAAAGAACCAUGAUGGUGACACCUGUGUGUCGGCCAGUACAGGCUCUGGAAAGACUCUCGCUUAUGUCGUUCCAAUCAUUGCAGGCCUAAAAGACCUUGUGGGCACGAAGUUGAGGGCAGUGAUUGUUGUGCCCACACGAGAGCUUGUUAAGCAGGUCCGAGAGUUAUGCGAGAUCUGUGCUGCCGGGAGUCGCCUAAAAAUCACAACGGCUGUUGGCAGUAGCUCGUUGAGAGAUGAACAAGACCAGUUGGUUCUAGAGGAACGUGUAUACAAUCCCGAACAAUAUGAAGCCCAGCAAAAAAGCAUUGUUGAUUGGUCUAACUUUUCUCUCGAGAAGCUGGUUCGUCGAUCACAUGAUGAAGACCUUUUGGACACAGUUGGCCUUGUCACCAGGUAUAGUUCAAAGGUCGAUAUCCUCAUCACUACACCUGGAAGGCUUGUUGAUCAUCUCAAGUCUACCCCUGGUUUCAAUCUGGAUCAUGUUAAAUGGCUUGUGGUGGAUGAGGCCGAUAGGUUAUUAAAUGAAAGUUACCAGGAAUGGAUUGAAGUUGUCAGUCCGGCUUUGAACUCCAAUUCUGCAACUGAAGAACGAGACAGACUACUUCGAUCCAUGCGAAUGAGACCACCAAGACGACAAGUCAGGAAAAUUCUUCUUUCCGCGACCAUGACUAGCGAUAUCUCUAAGCUCAAUACUCUCGGGCUCUUUAGGCCCCUACUUGUGGUUUUGGGCAGUGGCCCCAAAUCAAUUGCUGGCCCAAGUGUCAAUGGAACAAUAGAAGCUGCCCAAACUAAGGGUGAAACGACGAACGCUGGAAGCUUUCAUUUACCAGCGUCACUUACCGAGUCUGUGGUCACUAUCUCGGACCCUUCCCACAAGCCAUUGUAUCUGCUACAACUACUAUCACAACAACUCGAGCUGGAACUCAAGCCAGACAGUCGUAAGAAUUCACACGCUGGACCGACAGCAUCAUCCCACAGAUCUUCUUCGUCCUCUUCAUCCUCUUCAUCCUCAUCAUCCUCUUCCGCUUCCACUGAUUCAUCUCUCUCGGAUUCAUCAUCUGAUGGAGACGAUGAUAGCACAAGUUCGUCGAGCUCAAGCUCAUCAGAAGCAAGUGCAGAACCACAGGCACAGAUCAGAGACGAUAAAGUACGGAUAGUUCCACAAAAUUUACCACCGCGAGCGCUGGUAUUCACUCGGUCAACUGCUGCUGCCACUCGUUUGUGCCGUCUCCUCUUGCUUCUCAAACCGUCAUGGUCAGGACAUAUUUCGACACUGACACGGAGUACUGCGUCUUCGGCGUCCUCUAGACGCGCUCUAUCCGCUUUCGCUAGUUCUAAGAUAUCAAUCUUGAUAGCUACGGAUCGCGCCUCACGUGGUCUUGAUGUUCCCGGACUGGAACAUGUCAUUUCGUACGAUGUUCCAAGCAGCGCGUUGACGUAUGUUCAUCGUGUCGGAAGAACGGCUCGAGCAGGUAAUCAAGGACAUGCAUGGACGCUGUUGGAACAUAGAGAGGGAGCAUGGUUUUGGCGCGAAAUCGGUGGAAAGCUACAAUCUGAGCAUGCUGCUGGGGAGCAUCACUUGCAUCGGCAGUCUAAGGUCAAACGACUUACCAUUUCUACUGACGACUCAGAGCUGCAAAAUAGAUAUGAAGAGGCACUCCAGCAGCUAGGUGAGGAGGCCCGAGGAUAG